AUGAAACAGAAGGAUGAUGACACAAUCGGUCUCUCAGUUGAUGACAAAGAUUUCAUCAGGACCAUGGAUGAAGACGUUCAUCUCACUGCGGAAGGAAAUUGGGAAGCUCCUUUGCCGUUUAGAGAAAAUCGACAACGACUUCCAAAUAACAGAUCGUAUGCACUGAAGCGAGCGCACAAUCUGGAUAAUAGUCUUCGAAAGGAUCAAACGAAACGAGAACAUUUUAUGACAUUCAUGAAAAAGAUAUUCGACUGCAACCAUGCGGAAAUUGCACCACAACUCAUGAAAGAAGAAGAAUGUUGGUACUUACCAAUAUUUGGGGUGUACCAUCCUAAAAAGCCAUCCCAAAUUAGAGCUGUGUUCGACUCAUCUGCCAAAUAUCAGAGUAUUUCCUUGAAUGACGUUCUUCUUUCUGGUCCGGACCUGAACAACAAUCUGUUAGGUGUACUUUUACGCUUUCGAAAAGAACCAAUAGCUGUUACAGCUGAUAUAGAAUCUAUGUUUCACUGUUUCCUAGUUGAUAAGAAGCACAGGAACUUCCUCCGCUUCUUCUGGUACAAAGACAACGACAUUAACAAUGAGUUGAUAGAGUACCAUAUGCGAGUACACGUUUUUGGGAACUCACCUUCACCGGCUGUAGCUGUAUACUGUCUUCGCAAGGCCGCUUGUGCCAAGGAAGACGACUAUGGAUGUGAUGUCGUAGAUUUCGUCAGACGAAACUUCUACGUGGACGACGGAUUAAUUUCUCUAUCGACUCCUGACGAAGCGGUCAGUUUGCUCAAAAGAACUCAAGCUGCUCUUAGAGAGGGUGGUAAUCUACGUUUGCAUAAAGUUGCAUCUAACGACAAGCAUGUGAUGGAUGCCUUUCCGUUUGAAGAUAGAUCAAAGGACUUCAAAGAUAUCGAUCUUAGCGUUGACAAACUUCCUAUGCAGAGAAGCUUAGGGUUGAACUGGGAGCUUGAGUCUGACUCAUUCACAUAUCGUUUGUCAAAGGAAGAAAGACCUUUCAGUAAGCGGGGACUAUUGUCGACUAUUAAUGGCAUUUUUUAUCCCAUUGGAUUUGUUGCACCAGUAGAAGUCUCUGGGAAAAUCUUGAUGAGAGAGACUUUGAGAGGUUCGUACAACUGGGAUGAUCCCCUUCCUGUUCAUCUCUUGGGCAAGUGGUCAAACUGGAAGAACUCUCUGAGAUUCCUUGAAGAUGUACAUAUACCAAGGACAUACACACCCUUUUCUCUAUCAAAAACCCUCUGCAAAGAGCUCCAUAUUUUCUCAGAUGCUUCGGAGGCUGCCAUUGCCUCAGUAGCAUACUUGCGCACAGUCGACGACUCGAACAACAUCCACGUGGGAUUCAUUUCAGGAAAAUGUAAACUUGCGCCAACAAGUGGUCAUUCUGUACCGCGCUUGGAGCUCUGCGCAGCAGUGAUGUCCGUCCAGUUAUAUGACAUCAUCAGUGAAGAACUGGACAUGAAGUUUAACACCGUUAGGUUUUACACAGACAGUAUGGUGGUGUUGGGUUAUAUCAAUAACAAAGGCAAAAGAUUUUUCAAGUAUGUUGAGAACCGAGUGGAAAGAAUCAGGAAAUCAACAACACCCAAGCAGUGGAGUUAUGUCCCAACAAAAUCCAACCCAGCAGAUGCGGGCACAAGAAACCUUACUGCAGAAGUCAUUAAUGACAACAUAUGGAUUCGAGGACCACCUCAACUCAAGGAACCUUUGGAGGAGGAUCCGAACACUGUCUUUUUGAACCAGAAAAUGACCCUGAGAUUCGUAAGGAAGAAGAGGUUAAAACCCUGA